CUGGCACUACCAAUGUUGGUCGUUAUUUAUGGCUCUUUUAGUUUUGGAAAAAAAAAGAAACCUGAUGUGACUGACUACAGACGUUUAUUGAGUUCAAAAGGACGUGCCGUUUCAACUGCUGUUGAAGUAAGUUCAAGGUGAGAAAAAAAUGCAGUGUUCGACCAGCUGCUUACAAAAUGUCACAUAUUCAUUUCUGUGCUGUUCUAGACUCGUCACUAAGUAAAUAAACAGUAAUCGUACAAGCGAGCAAAGCGUUUUGUAGUCGUCAAGAGCAAAGCGACCUUUUAGGAUACACAAAUCAGCUGUAUUUGUGAUCGUCUAAAUAUUACUGUUAUCAUGUAUACGACACACUGUGCUAUCAGCAACAGCAGAAUGGUGUUACAAGUUCGAUAACACUUCACUAGGACAUGUCGCAGCGGGCAGAUGCCUCCCAGUGUGGUGGGGUCGUGGUCGAGUUCGAGUCUGACAACAUCCGGGAUGCAAGAGCUGAAAAAGCUACACGUAUACCAGGUUCAGCUCUUAUCUACCUCAGGGGUCCCAAGUUUCUCAUCUAUGUCAGUGGAGCAUUAUCAAUGUGGGUAAGAAUCAUUUCCUGAAGAAACAUUCGUGGGGCAAUAGGUAAGACUUCGCAACUUAAAUGACUGCAAGGUAGUCUCUUCACACUGUGUCACAGCACACUGAUGAAAAUAUUGCAACACAACACACGAUGAUGACUUUUCUCAUGUGUUAAACAGGGCGACCGCAUGUGGCACUUCGCAAUCUCUGUGUUCCUGAUUGAACUGUACGGCCGUAACUUGCUGUUGACUGCGGUGUUUGGAUUGGUGGUGGCUGGGUCAGUGCUCAUGUUUGGGGCUUUGAUUGGAGACUGGGUUGAUCGCAAUCCUAGGAAUAAAGUUGCACAUGCAUCUCUUUUCGUUCAGAACAUCUCGGUGACGAUAUGUAGCAUUGUGCUCAUGUUGGUGUUCUCAUACAAGCAAAGGAUUGAACAGAUCUGGGAUGGAUGGCUUACUGUGGUUUGUUAUACGGUGGUGAUCGUCCUGGCAGAUGUGGCAAACCUUGCAAGCACAGCACUGACCAUUGCCAUUCAGAGGGACUGGAUUGUGGUCAUCACAGGCUACAACCGAGGUCACCUAGCGGGAAUGAAUGCAACCAUGAGGCGGAUAGAUCAGGUGACUAACAUCCUGGCCCCACUAGCAGUGGGACAGGUCAUGACCCUUGCCUCCAACGUAGUUGGCUGUGGAUUCAUCCUGGGCUGGAACCUGGUGUCUCUAAUUGUGGAGUUCUUCUUCUUGUCACGGGUUUAUCGCAUCGUCCCUGCUCUGUCAGCCAAACCACCAUCGGUUGCAGUGGAUCAAGCAUAUCUCCAGAGGAUAGAGAGGAAAAGGUUACAAGGAGAAGGCAAUGUUGCGCAACCUCAGGCUCUGACAGAGGGCAACUGCAACUCAAGCUUGCACCUCAAGGAAAUCACCGAUCUGCCGCUGUGUUUUCGGAGGUUCCGCUGGCUGGUGAGCACCUGUAAAGAUGGCUGGAUGGCCUACUAUCGUCAACCUGUUUUCCUCGCAGGAAUGGGUCUGGCUUUCCUUUACACCACAGUGCUUGGGUUUGACUGCAUCACCACUGGCUAUGCCUAUACUCAGGGGAUAAGCGGAUCUCUUCUCAGUCUGCUGAUGGGCGUGUCAGCCAUCACAGGCUUGAUGGGCACUGUAAUGUUCACCAGGCUGAGGAAGGCCUAUGGCCUGGUUAACACAGGCAUCAUCUCAAGCUGCCUCCACCUGGGCUGCUUGCUGCUGUGCGUGUGCUCUGUGUUUGCCCCUGGCAGCCCCAUGGAUCUCAGCUUGCUGAUGCCCGACAUUACUUCCAAUUCCUCUACAGCGCUUGGUGGGAUGACAGGCCAAAGGCAAAAACACACAUACCCUACGAUGGGAGGCAGCAAUCAGCCACUUCUACCCGACCGCUCUUCUAUCCACUGGACCAACAACACGGUGCUUUUUGACAAUGUCCCCUCUGGCACAGCUCCAGAAUCUUACAUCUCCAUUAUUCUGCUGUUCUUGGGUGUCAUUACAGCGCGCAUUGGUCUCUGGUCCUUUGACCUGACUGUGACUCAGCUUCUGCAGGAGAACAUCUGUGAAUCAGAGAGAGGAGUGGUUAACGGGGUGCAGAGCUCCAUGAAUUACCUGAUGGACCUGCUUCACUUCAUUAUGGUGAUCUCUGCUCCGCAGCCACAACACUUUGGCAUCCUAGUUAUAAUUUCUGUGUUCUUCAUCACCACGGGGCACACUAUGUACUUCCUGUAUGCACAUAAAGCCAAGAGAAAACGCCGCCUCGACACAUAAGGAGCAGCUCACACAUCCAGGCAUGAGAUGCUCACUAGCACUGAAUCCACUCUGCACCAGUGAAAUGAAUGUCUCCCUCCUGAUCCUUCAGCAAACUAAUUGCAACACUCUAACUGUUUCUAACUUAGCCAUUCAUUUCAGCACAACACAGCAAGUGCCAACCCCACCUCAGCUGCUUUCACACUGCAGGGCCAUGUACCGUGGCAGCAAACGAGAACUCAGGUGAAGUAGAGUGGGAGACAAGCUCUCGCUUUAUGUACAUAAGUCGAAGUGGCUACCAUAAAUGCUGCCUCCAGGGGACACAAAGGUUACGACUUAAGGCACCAACAAAUGUUUUUGCCAACUGUGCAGGAUUACUGGAAGACUUUCAAACAAGACAGUGAACUUCAUAGCUUUUUUGGAUGGGAAGGUGAAUGAACAGAGAGAUGAAUCUAACCAUCACCUCAGUACAGAUCUGCUGCUGUGAAAAAAUCCUGAACGUGACACAUGAAAAUAAAGACAAGACAAAGCUGUACAUUUUCAAGUGGCAUUGAUGUUACUGAUCCGUCCACUUGGAAAUACUCCAGGAUGUCCAAAAAGGAAGAUAAAGGGAACUUGAUGUGAGAUUGUUUCAAAGAUUGUUUA